AUGGCGUCCGAGUCGAGGCUGUAUACCUUCUCGCAGGAGACCAAGGACCACCUGCGCAAGUUCCGUCUGGGAACCUCGCGGUCGAAUGACCCGCAAGCUGUCAUCUACUACAUUGACAAGAACACGCACGAGAUCAAGCAGGAUGACGACAAGGUUGUGUACAAGAGCCUCGAGGAGAUUGGCGACGACCUGCCGGACCACAGUCCGAGAUUCGUGUUGCUGAGCUACCCUCUCACACUGCCCUCCGGCCGCCUGUCGGUGCCGUACGUCCUGAUCUACUACCUCCCCAUCACCUGCAACAACGAGAUCCGCAUGCUCUACGCCGGCGCCAAGGAACUGAUGCGGAAUACGAGCGAGGUCGGCCGCGUGAUUGACAUCCAGGAAGCCGAGGACCUGGAGGAGAUACCGUCCAAGCUGGGGUCUGCUGCGUAG